GUCAGGAGAAGUGUGCGGAGGCUGGCGUGGCUAUCCUUGGCGGCCACACUGUCGAGGACCUGGAGCCCAAGUAUGGGCUUGCUGUAAUUGGUGUUGUGCAUCCAGACAAGGUGUGGCGGAACAAUUCACUACAAGCUGGAGACCGCCUCAUCCUGACUAAACCGAUUGGCACGGGGAUUCUGGGCACGGCACAGAAAAAAGGAAUUUUGAGUGGCGAAGCUCGAGAUUGUCUUCAGAAGACUUUGUUGCAGCUGAAUCGGUCCGCAGCGGAGGUUGCGCGAGCAACCACGCAGGUACGUGCUGCAACGGAUGUCACAGGCUUUGGCUUGCUUGGCCACCUCCGCGAGAUGUUGACUUCCGAUGACGACAGCGUCGAGCCGCCCGCCAAAAAGGCCCGAGUCACAACCGGCCCGAGCGAAAAACUUGGAGCUGUGCUUUCAGCUGGGGCUGUGCCGCUUCUUCCCCAGGCGAAGGAGCUGGCAGUGGACGAGCAAUGCGUUCCUGGUGGUUCGGUGAACAAUCUGAAGCUGGUUACGACCGGAGGCCUGACACGCUUCGCACAGGGUGUGUCCAAGCAGAUGCAGCUGCUGCUUGCAGACGCACAAACAUCAGGUGGUCUGCUGCUGGCGGUUCCGCAGGCAGACUCGGAAAAAGUUGUGGUGCGGUGCUCAAUGCGAGAGGGGGCAUAG